CUCUGGCAAGCGGCAAAGAGCUGGGCAGUGUUGCUUACACGCGAGCAAGGGCGCCGACACCUUCCACGAUGCGCAACGGACCGCUCAAGAAUACGAUCAUCACGGUGUUCUUCUCGUUCAUGUCGUUGGCGGUGUGCACGUACUCGACCAUCUACCCCGCAUGGUUCCAGCAAAAGUACAAGGAACACGACCCCGUCGUGUUUCAGGGGUUUGGAAUCUUCAACUUUUACUCGACACAGCCGCUGCAGGGUCCAUUCUAUGCGUCGGAGACGACGCUCGCGUACUCGGAAUUCUGUGCGAACGAAGAAAAAGGCUUACCUCCACCGAACUGGAUGCUCGGCGGCGACGCCCAGUUCAAGGAAAUUUUGUGCGGGUACCCUAUCAAGGGCAUUCAGUACGUGAGCUUUUUUGCAUCCGUCUUUGCCGCAUUUGGCCUCAUUGCUUCGGUCGCCGCGUGUUUCAACCCGGCCGCUGGCUACGCCGAACGCAUUGUGUCGUCGACGACCCUCAUCUCCUCCCUGCUCCUCUUGGCGGCGCUGAUCGUGUGGGCAAUCCAAAUCCAGCAAAAGAUGCUCGAAAUCGACGUCAUAUCAUCGGCGUAUGUGCUGUGCCAAAAGAAAACGGCCAAUUGGAGCUGCUGGUUCUAUGGGUACAGCUUCUGGGCUGCGAUCGGCGGUGUCGUCGGCAUGCUCAUCACCAUGUACACGAGCUCUGCCGGGCGAGCCGAGAAAAUCCGUCACUUUCGCCAAGAAUAUGAAGCCGACUUGGCAAUUGCCAUGCAGCAGUCCAUGGAGGCGACCGCGGCAAAUGUAGCACCGUCGGGGGCCUUUUCGAACCAAGAAUCGUUUGGAGACAACAUGCACCAUGGCCACCAGCCGUACCAACAAGGGUACAACCAGCAAUUCUACAACGAACCCACAAUUCAAAACGCGAACCACUACGCAGUCAAAGGCGGAAUCGUGUAAUCAAGUUGUACAAGUUGCGUGGCGCUCGGUGCCCGUGGCAUUCCUUUUCGAGCAAACACACGCACCUACCUGCCACGGUUGCGCGCAAUGACAGGCCUCGUCCACUUGCCAAGCAAUCCGUGCCGUCACGUCG